UAGGAUUUGAUGACUUUCACUAAGUAAAGAAGAGGGAAGUGAAAGAGUAGAGAACCACUCAAAUUUUUCUUUUUCUUUUUUGUGCGCGUCGUGUGACAUGCGGUAUCUUAGUUCCCCAGUUCCCCAAACAUGGAUGGAACCCGUGCCCCCUGCAUUGGGAGGACGGAGUCUUAACCAUUGGACCGCCAGGGAAGUCCCGAGAACCACUCAGAUGUUCUAGUUUGUGUGUUUGUAAGGAUGGAGGUGCCAAAAUCUAGGUGAGAUACAAGCAAGAGGAGCAGGAACAGGGUUCAUUGAAAAAUCCUUAGUGAUAUUGACAUGUUUCAAGUGACAUAAAUUAGCCAAUGACUCGGAAUGAUGGAUUCCCCGAAGAUUGGAAAUGGUUUGCCAGUGAUUGGACCAGGGACUGAUAUAGGGAUAUCUUCACUCCACAUGGUGGGGUAUUUGGGAAAAAAUUAUGAUUCAGCUAAAGUACCGUCAGAUGGGUAUUGCCCUGCUUGUAGGACGAAGGGAAAGUUAAAAACCUUAAAGACUUACCGAAUUAGUUUCCAAGAAUCUGUCUUUUUGUGUGAGGAUCUGCAGUGUAUCUAUCCCUUGGGCUCUAAAUCACUUAAUAACUUAAUUACUCCUGAUUUGGAAGAUUGUCACACUCCAAAUAAGCCUCAAAAAAGAAAGAUCGUGGAAACCAACUAUAAAGAUUCACCUCUUGUAGCAAAUUCCAAAAAGACUAAAAAUCAUAGUGGUAUUGAUGGUGAACAAGUUUUGAACAGUAAACAUAAUGAAGAAGAGUACGAUGAAACCUCAUCAGACUUACCUGGUUUACUACACGGUGGUCAACAGAAUCCAAUUAGGACAACUGAUUCCUUGGAGCAGAAUGAGAUUUUGGAAGCUGAUAUUGUUGACACGGCUGCUGAAGAAGAUUCUACUAUGGUUGAUGUUUCUGGAACUGGAGGGACUUCCCCUCAAAAUGAAGGAUGCACAUCUGAACUGGAAAUGCCGUUGGAGAGCAAGCAUACCUCAUUUUGCCAGACUUCAUGUGUCCAAUGGAAAAACGCACAUGCUCUCUGUUGGUUAGACUGUAUCCUGUCAGCACUGGUGCACUUGGAAGGGCUGAAAAACACUGUGACUGACCUGCGCUCUACAGAGGAGUCUGUGUUUGGUCGGUUGUUCACUAGGUAUAAUCAAGCCAAUGAGUUUCUGCACACCAGUCAGUUGGAUGGAGUUAAAGAUGGAGAUUGUAAAAAACUUCCUUCUGAAAUAUUUGCAAAGAUAGAGACCUGUCUGAAUGAAGUCAGAGAUGAUAUUUUUAUUAGGCUUCAGCCUCAGCUUAGGUGUACAUUGGGUGAUAUGGAAAGCCCUGUGUUUGCAUUUCCCCUGCUCUUAAAGACAGAACCCCACGUUGAGAACCUCUUCACAUAUUCUUUUUCUUGGAAUUUUGAAUGUUCACACUGUGGACACAAAUAUCAAAACAGAUGUAUGAAGAAUCUGGUCACCUUUACAAACGUCAUCCCUGAGUGGCACCCAGUUAAUGCUGCCCAUUUUGGUCCAUGUAACAAUUGCAACAAUAAGUCACAGAUAAGAAAAAUGGUCUUAGAAAAAGUAUCUCUCAUAUUCAUGUUGCACUUUGUGGAAGGCCUACCGCAUAAUGACUUGCAGCACUAUUCAUUUCAUUCUGAAGGCUGUCUUUAUCAAAUAACUUCUGUAAUUCAGUACCAAGCAAAUAAUCAUUUUAUAACGUGGAUUUUAGAUGCUGAUGGAAGUUGGCUGGAAUGUGAUGACUUAAAAGGCCCAUGUUCUGAAAGGCAUGAGAAAUUUCAAGUUCCUGCUUCAGAGAUACAUAUUGUUAUCUGGGAAAGAAAAACAUCCCAAAUGACAGAUAAAGCACCUGCCUGCUGCCCACUUAAAAAGACUUAUGAUCAACACGCUUUCGGAGAUGAGAAUCAAGUAUCUCCAGCAUUGUGUUCUGUAGGUGGUGCUGCCUCAGCUGAAAUGUCCUCAGGAACUCACCCCACAAAUGUGUCAGUUGCUCCUAAUACUCUUUCACAGGAUGAAGCCGUAACUUUUGAACAUCAUUUAUUUCCAGGUCUGAAAGGUUUGGUCGACAAGAAUAUUUCACCUUUGACAUUUGAAGAAAUACAGGUUAACUCUGAAGGUUUUUUAUUAGAAAAUAAACCUGUGGCAGAAAAUGCAGGGGUUGUCAAAACACAUACUUUGCAAUCGCAAGAGUCACUAAUGGCUUCUUUAGUAUCGGCUCCAUGCAAGGACAAGCUUACCCAAGACCAGUUUGUGGAUUUAAGCUUUUCAUCUCAACUUGUAAAUACAAAUGUGCCAUCAGUACAGCUGAGUACAGAAGAUACUGUAGUUACUCAGCCUGUGAAUGAUAUUCGUGCUACUGACCUUACACAGAGAGGAAAGUCAGUAGAAACUGAGGGUACAGUUGCCCUAGAGAAGGAUGCUCCAUCAAAACAAUUUCUUUUACCAAAAACUGAGAAAUUAAAACCAGAACGACAUGUUACAUCUCAGGUGUCUGAUUUGAAGGAAAAAGAAACUGCAGCAUCUUCUCAAACCGUAACAGCUAAGCCGUCACAGAAUCCAUCUCUGAAAGAAAAUCAGAAAAAACCAUUUGUGGGAAGUUGGGUUAAAGGCUUAUUAAGCAAGGGUGUUUCUUUUAUGCCGUUUGGUGUUUCAGCUCAUAAUAGAAACACUGUGACUGACUUGCAGCCUUCAGUUAAGGGGGCAAGUAAUUUUGGUGGCUUUAAAACUAAAGGUACAAAACAAAAGGGUAACUGGGCAUCCAGGGAAGCUCAUAGGUGUGCAAGUAAGCCUCCUCCAGUUAGUAAUCCUGCACCAAGCCAUCCAUCACCGGUUAGCACAGCUUCUCCUCUCCCUGCUAAUGGUAACGGUGAUUUGGAAGUUUUGAAGAAAUGUGAAAACACCUCAUAUGGAGCUCACCUCAACCACAGUUCUCAUGGAAAUGAAAAUGGUGUUUCUUCAGCAAACCAUGGAGACUCAGUUGAGGGUCAGAUUCAUAAACUUCGUCUAAAACUUCUUAAAAAACUUAAGGCAAAAAAGAAGAAAUUAGCUGCUCUUAUGUCUUCCCCCCAAAAUGGAACACUUCCAAGUGAAAAUUUAGAACGUAUGUCCCAUUGUGGCUCUCCAAAUGAUUGUGAAUCAAUAGAAGACUUGUUAAAAGAACUACAACAUCAAAUUGAUAUUGCCGAUAGUAAAUCUGGAUGCACCACAGCUCCUAGUGUUUCCGCGUACAGUAGUCAAACUCAUGAAGAAAUUUUAGCAGAAUUACUGUCCCCUACAACUGUUGUUUCAACAGAGCUCUCAGAAAAUGAGGAGGCUGACUUUAGGUACUUAGAAAUGGGAGAUAAUCAUAUGCCAGCACCAGUACCUAGUGAGUUAAACAAUAUUCCCCAAGACAUACAUCUGAGACAGGACCAUAAUUACUGCAGCCCCACCAAGAAAAAUCAAUGCAAAGUUCAGCCAGACUCACUCACAAAUAAUGCCUAUGUUACAACAUUGAACUCGGAAAAUCCCAUGAAGACUGAUAUUUUUGAUGAGUUUUUUUCUACUUCAGCGUUAAAUUCUUUAGCAAGUGACACAUUAGACUUCACUCAUUUUGAUGACUAUCUGUUUGAGAAUUGUUGAAUGCUUGUUAACUCUUUUUAGUUUAAUAUUUAUUAUUAAUCAUGGAAAAAUUUACUAUGUUUUUAGGUAGUGUUUACACACUGGCCUUGUCAUGAACAAAACGUAAGCUACUGAAGGUUUUACCUUUGGUUAUGCCCACAAAGCAUAUGAUCUGUUUCACAAAUUAAAUGAUGAAGAAUUUGUCCUCCUUGUUGGCUUCAUUUUGUGUUUGUAGGAGAAUGAGGAUUUCAAAAUGUUAAAAAUGAAAAGUAGUUUAUAGUUUCUGGUAGUUUGUGCAGUUGGGUACGUUAAAUUUCUACAUUUUAAAUUUUAGUUAUGUUGGUUCAGGCAGAACACUAGUUGAUACAAACUUAAGUCAUUGUAUAUGAUACAUGAACACGUGACUGUUUUGCUAAUGGUUUUGUGGUCUUACAUAAGAGCCUAAGCCUGUGUCUUCUACCAGUAGAGUGGUGUAGAAUGUAACCUCCCCUCAUACAACUUGUUUCCUCUUUCUCUCUUUACAAAAGAUGGCAGGAAACUUGUUACUAGAACUUUAUAUAAUGUUAGGUGAUCAAAAAAAUGAUCUGUAACAGGAAAAAGUAACCUAUUUUUGUGUUGAUGUGCUAAGAGUUUACAUUGUAAGUAUCAUCUUUCUCCCCCAAGACAUUUAUUUCUGUAACCAAAGUGGGACACCAUCUAAGUUAUAUUUUGGGAGAAAUAGCCAGUGCAUGUAAGGCUUGCCUAUGUUGGAUUCUACUAUAAAUGAAACAUUAAUUCAUUUAAACCUCAACGUUCCUAUGAGCAAGGUACUCAUCACUUUUAACAGACAAGGAAACAGCACAGAACUAGUAAGUUGUAGAGCUGGGACUGAGUAUAGAGUGGUUACUACAGUGCUUGAACUUAAUAUAUUUUCUACCUCUAGCUUCAUUUAAAGUUUGGGUGCCCAAACAGCACCACUGCUAUAGUGGUUUUAGUUAGUAGCAGAGUUACUAAGGUUUGAAGGUGGCAGUCUUGGGGGAGAAUACUUUGUUAGGGACUCAGUACUGCAAAAAUGAUUUGUCAAAAUUACUCCCAAACCUCCCCCUCCCUUUUUUUCUGAUUGCAAAAGUAAAAAGUCAUGUUUAUUGUAAGGAAAAACUGGGAAAAUACAGGAAAACACCAAGAAGAUUUCGGAGCAUUCAUCUUAACACUUAGUGGUAAUAACUACUGCAAACAUUUUCAUAUUUUUAUACAUUUAGACUUUAAGAAAUAAAUAUGAGAUUCUGUUGUACCUAUUUGUUAAUGAUCUGUGUUAAUGUUUAAAGAGCAUUUUUCCAUCUUAGUUUUUGACAACUUUUGGAUAGCUAUAUAAUGUUACAUUGUGUGUAUUACCAUUGUUUCACCAAUUUACAUUUUGAGGUGAUUUGUAUUGUUUUGUUAUUGUUAAUUAUCCUUAUUGAUAAAAAUUUUCACAGA